GUGACGUAAUUCUGGUAAAGUCUGAAAGGGAGGGGAAGGAGAGAGGGAGAGAAAAAGGAAGCUCUCCGGUAAGUUUUUGUGUAUUUAUCCAAAGCACAAAGUUUCACAAACCAAAGGUGUGACUGGAGGCCUUGGGUGGGGAUCAACAUGCUGAAGAGCGAGAGCUGAAUCGAAGGAUGGACACCAGUUCGUCAGCAGUUGAGCACAGCUGAUGACGUCAAAUAUUUACAGUUUUGAAGGCCUUGGGCCUCGACAGACUAUAUAAAAAAGUAAACGGACGUGUUGCUCCAGAGCUUCCUCUCUGGGUCCCUCAGACCCCGGACAGAGAAAAGGAGCGACUAUGUCCUCUGAACUGAACUCCAGUCUCACCAGUAUUGACUGGCUGCCUCAGCUGGGAAUCAGCAGCCUGCGCUCGGGGAAAGAGAGAGGAGGCGGCGAGAGGGACAAGAAAAAAGACAGAGGGAAAGAGAGAGGAGACUUACCCUCUCUACCGGACCCCUCCCAUUCCAACUACAAAGGGAAACCCCCCCACAGCUAUGCCACUCUCAUCGCCAUGGCAAUAGCAGCUGCACCUGAAGGGAAGUUGAGUUUGAAUGACAUCUAUACUUGGAUCAGUGACACGUUUCCCUACUACAGCAGAGCUGGCCGCGGAUGGAAAAACUCCAUUCGGCACAAUCUGUCCCUUAAUAAGUGCUUCAGGAAAGUUCCUCGGCCACAGAGUGACCCCGGCAAGGGUUCCUAUUGGACGACAGAUGGACCAGCAGAGGUGAAUCAAGUGAGGGCACUUAAGCGUCCCUAUCCAGAGGAGGAUGUUCCUCAAACACCGGCGACACAAGCCGAGCGAAGAGCUCCUCCUCACCAACCGGCCUCCCACACAGACCACCACCUUCUUCACAUAGAGCAGCUGGGAGCCCUCCAGCAGCAGCAGCCCCCCCGCACUGCCUCCCUCUCUCCUCCCCCAUGCAAGCAAGCGUCCCCCUACAUGCCGAGCUCCGUGUCCACUCCCCCCGUCCAUCAUCAAUCUGUCUCUCCUUCGGCUGGGUUCAAACCCGCUGCCUCCACGUAUUCCAUCAACUCCUUCCCACCUCGCCAUCCAUCCGGCCCCACUUUUUCUAUUCCCGCUGCCUCUGCUACACCUCUGUCUGCUGCCAACAUGUGCUCUCCAGCGGCUCCCUCUUUCUCCGACGCCACUCUGUCCUUUCCUAAUUCAGUAUCUGUUCCCACUUUCUCCUGCGCUCCUAACUCGGUGCCUGUGUCUGUUUGCACUGGGACAGGACCGACUCUUUCGUCUCCGUCUGUUGCUGCCCCUCCUGUUGUCUCUUUAAACCCCUCCACUGAUCCUCCACUGCGGUUCACCUUCGAUGAGAUGAACUUACCGGACUUGUAUGCGUCUUUCAAGUCUCUCUUCAAGACCAUGCGGGAGAGGGGAGGCUCACAGUCAGAUGCUGCUCCUCUGGCUGUUCUGAACAAUGACACUACUCAACUUCACACUCCGACUCUGCUCCCAAUGUCUCCUCACAAUGCACCAUCAGCACCACCCCCAACAGCUGGACACCCUCCUCAGACAGAGCGCAUUCCACAAUACACGGUGCCAGCUGACUGGUUCAUUAACCCAGAUUCUCUGAAGGAGAGCUUCCGCAUUGCCAGCAAUCUAGACUGGGCAAACAUAGACCUCUCUGGUCACCCAGACCUGCUGGAGAGCAUGCGGCAGGCGGAGCUCAGCGAUUGGGCCCUGGACCCGGCGCUCUUCACCUCCCUCUGCGACUCUCUGAAUCGCUUCUUCACUCACAGAGGCAUGAUCACAUCCGGGAAUAACUCCCCACUAGCCCUCGGUGCACCUCACUCCUUACAGGUCCCACCGUUCACGUCCAAUCCUCCCCCUCCUACCCUCGCCAGCCUCACUCACCCCUCACCCCUCCCUUACUCUCCCAUAGUUCACCCCGCCAGUGGAGUGCAGCCGCCCCGGAGGGCUCUGCACAUGCAGGGACAGGGCCUUCAGAGACCACAGCCCGCAAACACAGCCGCUGGGAUGCAGCCUCAGUCUAUGACACCACGACAGCGUCCUCCAUUAGUGAGUCUGCACAGCAACAGUGAUGAGAUCCAGGAUGACUUUGACUGGGAUUCUCUGCUCGGUUGACCCGCGCCGCCUGCGUGGAGAAAUGAUUACGACAGAAAUGUGGCGUCUUCACUAAACUCUAUGCGGAGGCUGCAUCACUUGGAGCUUCUCAGAGACAGUUUUGGGAUCAAGUUGGUCACAAAUGACUGAAUGCUGUAUUACAAGGUGGAAAAAGUUGUACAAUUUUUCACCUUUAUUCAAAUUCAUACGCUGUAAUAACAUUUAGCUUUUCUUCUGCAGGUAAUUGGCAGGGUGUUUUUUUUCUGUUGGAUGUUAGAUUUAUAAACAUGUUCACAAAAGAAAAUAAAGUGUAAAAUUAUUUGUGUCACAUUAACAGAAACAAAUAAACAUAUAUAUGAUUUAGACAUUAACUACAGAGCAAGCAUGAACCAAGCCAAACACACACACCCUGUGUUUUUGUUUUAUUUCAUAAAUUCCUUUUGAUUUUUUUCCAUUUUACUUCUCAAAUGUGAAUGUUCAGUCAUCACCACACAAAAUUCAACCUUACCCGAUAAAAGAGAUAUUUUUUCUUGUUGAUAUAAAAUAACAAAUUCAUCAAACUAAAUUAAAAGAACAGCAU